AUGAUUAAUGAAGCGGCAAAAUUAGCAUUUCUUCCUCCUGAACCAACCUACACAUUACAUGCAAACAAUUUGUCGACAUCACAUACAAAUGGAACUCAUUAUCAGCAACAGCAAUCACCUAAUAAUGAUGUAACGGCAAAAUAUUCUAUGAAUUUUUUUGAACGCGCCGAAUGGCAACAUACAAACGCUGAAUUAUCUCUAUUAGAACCCUACUUUGUGACUACAUCUCGAAAUAAUCGUAUUGCUUGUUUGUAUGUUAAAUGUGUACCCAAUCCAAAAUAUUAUAUAUUUUAUGAUUAUUCUGGAUAUGGAGCUUCUCAAGGAAAAGCAUCAGAGAAAAAUAUGUAUUGCGAUAUUGAAGCGGCAUAUCAAUCAUUAAAACAACGUUAUCAUUUACGUGAAUCACAGAUAAUUUUAUAUGGUCAAUCAAUUGGUACAGUGCCCGUAGUCGAUUUAGCAUCAAGACAUGGAGAUUGUUGUUCAGCUGUUAUUUUACAUUCACCACUUACCUCUGGCAUGCGUGUCGCAUUUCCUGAUACAAAACGAACGUGGUGUUGUGAUGCAUUUUCAUCAAUAGAUAAAAUACAUCGUAUUAGAUCAAUUGUAUUGAUUAUUCAUGGUACAGAAGAUGAUGUUAUCGAUGUUUCUCAUGGUUUUGCACUGUAUAGCAAGUUACAAAAUUCAAUAGAACCUUUAUGGGUUGAAGGCGGCGGUCACAAUGAUAUUGAGGCGCAUGGUCAGUAUGUUGAACGUUUAUUGAAACUGAUCGAUGAAGAAGUACCACAAUUAUUAAAUCAACAACAACAAACAUCCAUUUCACAUCCACAAACAACACAAACACAGUUAGGAUCAACAUUAAUCAUACCAGCAACUGUCACUACUACAAAUACCAAUACAAAUCAACAUUCACCAUCUACAACAACAACAAACACAAAUUCAAAUUCAAAUACUACCUAG